AUGACUGAUCUUGAAAUCCGUGUUAUUAUUUUCGAUGGAAUAAUUGCUGGAAAUGAUACCACUGCGAAUACUAUUUCAUUCAUUAUCUAUUAUCUUGCAAAUUAUCCAGAUGUUAAAACGAAAAUGUUAAACGAAAUCGAUAGAAUCUUCAAGAUGACAAGACACGAGGCUAUCAAUGGUAAAACAAUUAUUAGAAUUAAUAUUGACGGUAUUCAUAAUAAUGAAGAAUAUUGGGAAGAACCAAAUAAAUUUUAUCCUGAUAAAUGGAUGAUUGAAGAUAAGAAAGCUCAUUUAAAAACUGAAUCGGUAUUAUAGCCACCUGUGCUGAAUUAUUAAUUAAAAUUGAAUUAAGAAAUUUAAAACAUUUUUAUUAGUAUUUAAAAGGAUACGCAAUAUUUAAUAAUAACGUAAAUU